UCUGGGAUCAGAAACACCAAAAUAUUGAGGUUGAAGAAGAAAUUAAGGAAACUCCAAUGGAAAGUCCAUCUAAAGGAGAAGAAACCAGCUCAGAAACCCAAGAAAUUCCUGCUGGAAACCAAGAAGAUAAAGACAUUCUCCAAGUCUUGAAUCAGAAACACCAAAAUAUUGAGACUGAAAAUGAAAUCAAGGAAUCUGCUUUGGAAGAAACCACCUCAAAAACCCAAGAGAUUCUUACUGGAACCCAAGAAGUUAUGUGCCAUGAAGAUGAUGACGAAGAUGAAGAUAUGCUCCAAAUAUUGGAUCAGAAACACCAAAGUAUUGAGGUUGAAGAUGAAAUCAAGGAAACUUCAAUGGAAAUUCCAUCUAAAGAAGAAGAAACCAACUCACAAACCCAAGAAAUUCCUGCUGCAAACCAAGAAGAUAAAGACAUUCUCCAAAUCUGGGAUCAGAAACACCAAAAUAUUGAGGUUGAAGAUGAAAUCAAGGAAACUUCAAUGGAAAUUCCAUCUAAAGAAGAAGAAACCAACUCAGAAACCCAAGAAAUUCCUGCUGCAAACCAAGAAGAUGAAGACCUGCUCCAAAUCUGGGAUCAGAAACACCAAAAUAUUGAGGUUGAAUAUAAAAACAAGGAGCCUGCAUUGGAAGAAACCACCUAUGAAAACCAAGAGAUUCCUACUGGAAAUCAAGAAGUGAUGUGCCAUGGAGAAGACACCAUGGUUGAAGACAUGCUCCAAAUCUGGGAUCAGAAACACCAAAAUAUUGAGGUUGAAGAAGAAAUUAAGGAAACUCCAAUGGAAAGUCCAUCUAAAGGAGAAGAAACCAGCUCAGAAACCCAAGAAAUUCCUGCUGGAAACCAAGAAGAUAAAGACAUUCUCCAAGUCUUGAAUCAGAAACACCAAAAUAUUGAGACUGAAAAUGAAAUCAAGGAAUCUGCUUUGGAAGAAACCACCUCAAAAACCCAAGAGAUUCUUACUGGAACCCAAGAAGUUAUGUGCCAUGAAGAUGAUGACGAAGAUGAAGAUAUGCUCCAAAUAUUGGAUCAGAAACACCAAAGUAUUGAGGUUGAAGAUGAAAUCAAGGAACCUGCAUUGGAAACGCCAUCUGAAAGAGAAGAAACCAACUUAGAAACCCAAGAGAUUCCUGCUGGAAACCAAGAUGAGAACAUUCUCCAAAUCUGGGAUCAGAAACAUCAAAAUAUUGAGGUUAAAGAUGAAACUGCAAUGGAAGAAAUCACCUCAGAAGCCCAAGAGAUUCCUGCUGGAAACCAAGAUGAGAACAUGCUCCAAAUCUGGGAUCAGAAACAACAAAUUAGUGAGUUUGAAAAUAAAAACAAGGAGCCUGCAAUGGAAGAAACCACCUAUGAAACCCAAGAGCUGGAGAAUGAAAUGUUGGUGUCGUUCCACAACAACAACAUUGAGAGUUUUGAUCAAGAACAAGUGUUUUCAGACUCGUUUGAACUUUCUCAGCUCUUGUUCUUCAAUCAAGAGGAACCUGCGGAUGAAUCCAUCAACGUCCAACCUUACGGAGAAUUUCCACUUUAUAUGAAGUCCGUAUCAUCAACUGCACAGAACCAGAUGGAAGACCAACCUCAAGAGAUGAUGAUCAACGAUAAAGAUGAAGAAGCUUCCUCAUGUUCCCAUUUGAGCGAGCAGCCAAGGUUUCAAACAUCAGACCUUAUGGAAACAAACGUGCAUGAACUGGAUCCUGGACCAAACCAGGAGAAGGAAGUUGCACAGGAAAUAAAGCAUAGUGCUUCUACAGCACCUCGUAUGGAGCAGUCGGAGGAAGCGCUUAAAGACGUUCCUGUGGUUCAGACCGAGACCAUCACGUACGAGUCUGCAGAGAUCGAAGCCAGCGGCGACUCGGAUCCAGGCAUCCUCAUGAGCACUCAGACCAUCACAUCAGAGAGCAACAGCAGCACCACACACAUCACCAAGACAGUGAAGGACGGUAUUUCAGAGACUCGCAUCGAAAAGAGGAUCGUCAUCACAGGAGACGCAGACAUUGACCACGAUCAGGUACAGCCACGGGUGGGUUAACCAGUUAUCUAGUUCGUUAACCAGCAACACAAAACCUCAGUGACCGAACCUGAUUAAACACGUGAUUGUGCCUUUGCUUUGACUGGAUGCUUGAGGCCCAAAAACACCAAAAAUAUGCUAAUUCCAUU